AUGAAGAAGCUUCGACAUUAUCUACAAGCACAUACUACUUAUCUAGUUUUGAGGUUUGAUCCAAUCAAGUACAUCUUUGAGAAACCGAUCUUAAGUGAAAGAAUAACAAGGUGGCAUGAAAUAUUGUCAAAAUUUGACAUUAAGUGUGUGAACCAAAAUUCUGUCAAAGGGAGGGCUAUAUCUGAAGCAUUACCUGAUGGACCAAUAUCAGGUGAUGAAUUUGAUGGUGAUUUUCUAGAUAAAAAUAUCAUCUGUCUUAGUACGUCACAAUGGAAAAUGCACUUUGACGAAGCCUCCAACAGAAGGAGCAAUGCUUGCAUCUACGGAAUUAAAGCUGCUUUAGGAGCUGGUGCAAAACAUCUCAUGGUAUACGAUGAUUCUUAUCUCAAAAUUUCCCAGACAAUUAAAGUUUGGAAAGUUCGGGACGAAAGGUUGCAAAUGUACACAGAGUAUCUUCAGCAAUUUAUCCCAUACUUUGAAGAAAUAGAGUUCAAGCAUCUCCCCCGUGAGCAAAACAGCUUCACCGAUGCUUUGGCAAACCUUGCGGUGAAUUUGACUUGGGAUGAUGAUAUAAAGGUAAAGUCGGUAAUGAUUGUAGAAAAAGAAAUUCUGGUGGUUAAUUUUGAACCAACAAUUGCUCUGUUAACCAAGGAAGAUAAUGAGGAUGCUUAG